GUUUCCCGGGUGGAACUAAGAAGCUUGACUUCCCGUGGCCAGCCCCAGGCCUCCCGUUCUGGAAGUGGCAGAGCCGGAGUUAAAGCCUGGACCUGCCUGGAAGUCUCAAAGACUGUUCUUUUGGAUUUUGUUUAAGGCAUUUUGGCCUGGAAUUCGGAGGUCAAUCUGUCUCUGCCUCCUGAGUGCUGGGAUUAAGAAUAUGCGUUUUAGUUAGGUUUAACCUGUUUUGUCUUGAAACACUGUGGCAUUCCAUAGUCCAGGUUAACCUGGAGCUCACGGUGUAGUCCAGGCCGGUUUGGAACUUGGGGUGUUCCCACUGCUUCAGCGUUUCGAGUGACAGUAUUACAAGUGUGUGCCACCAUGCUUGGCUAGAUUACGUAUUAGCAGGUACCUGACUGUAGUGAUAGUUCAUUUGUAUUUUAAUAAAGCUUGCCUGAAGUUCAGACCAGGCAGUGGUGACGCACGCCUUAAAUCCCAGUAGCCACACUAGUUUGCCAUAGAAACCUGGCGAUAGUGGUGCACAUCUUUAAUCCCAUCCCUGGAGAGGAAUAUAAAACGGGAGGCGACAGCUCUCACACACAGUCUUAUUCUGAGAUUCCUGGAGGCAGGAUCGCCAUUUCGGACUGAGGUAGAGUGAGCAGCCAACCGAUGUGGAACGAUGGCACUGAGCCACUCCGUGAAGGAGCGAACCAUCUCUGAGAACAGCCUGGUCAUCCUGUUGCAGGGCCUCCAGGGCCACAUCACCACUGUGGACCUCCGGGAUGAGAGUUCUGCCCGAGGACGAAUCGACAAUGUUGAUGCUUUCAUGAACAUCCGCCUGGCCAAUGUCACCUACACCGACCGCUGGGGACAUCAGGUUGAGUUGGAUGACCUCUUCGUGACAGGUCGUAAUGUCCGAUACGUCCAUAUCCCAGAUGAUGUGAACAUCACUGCCACCAUCGAGCAGCAACUGCAGAUCAUCCACCGCGUGCGCAACUUUGGCGGCAAGGGUCAAGGUCGGCGAGAGUUUCCCUCCAAAAGGCAGUGAGGCUGUGUCCUCACUGAACUUCCAGCACCACCUCAGGGUCCUUAAGUGUUCUGAGCCAACCCCCUGCCGUCCUUCCCUACCAGUGACCUGGUGUCUACGAGACACCUAUCACAACUGCCUUUCAUAGGGUUCCACUUUGCAGACACACUCUGGGACCCAGAAUUCCUUCUGUCUGUGGCCUUGGGGUAGGUGACAAUCCCUCUUUUUGAUCCUUUGCAUCUGGAAUCUCCAUUUAUGGAUUGACCGCGUCUAUCAAGGAGCAAUCAACUCUGCCACGAGGAUUAUUGUGUUUGGAGUGAAUCACCUCUACCUCCCCUCUUCUCUUGGCAUUUGUUUCUUUUCUCAUAAAACCAAACUUACAUAA